CGAGGGGUUUCACUGGGCUGGGGAAGGCAGCAGCCUGCUUCCACACCACGCUGCCUGCGGAGCUGAAAUGAGAAGAGCUGCUCUGGGCAGGCACUAGGAAGCCCCGGCUGGCUGUACCGCUCUCCUCUGCAGGCAGGCCGGUGUGCUCCUCACCCGUUUGUUAAUGGACGUGACCCCCUGCCCCUGCUCCGGGAGGUGACACUAGCUGCCCGCUGCUGCUCUAAUAGCUGGACUCCAGACACCAACAUGACCGAACGCUUUGACUGCCACUACUGCAAAGAGUCCCUGUUUGGCAAGAAGUACAUCCUGAGGGAGGACAGCCCCUACUGCGUGAAAUGCUACGAAAACCUCUACUCCAACACCUGUGAGGAAUGCAAAAAACCUAUUGGCGCUGACUGCAAGGAUCUGUCUUACAAGGACCGCCACUGGCAUGAAACCUGCUUUCACUGCUUCCAGUGCAAGAACUCAUUGGUGGACAAGCCUUUUGCCGCAAAAGAGGAACAUCUACUUUGCACUGACUGCUACUCCAAUGAAUACUCUUCCAAAUGUAAUGAGUGCAAGAAGACUAUUAUGCCAGGCACACGGAAGAUGGAAUAUAAAGGCAACAGCUGGCACGAGACUUGCUUUAUCUGCUACCGCUGUCAACAGCCAAUUGGGACAAAGAGUUUCAUCCCGAAAGACAAUCAAAACUUCUGCGUACCCUGCUACGAAAAGCAGUUUGCUAUGCAGUGCGUCCAGUGCAAGAAGGCUAUCACUUCAGGAGGCGUUACUUACCGGGAGCAGCCCUGGCAUAAGGAGUGCUUUGUUUGCACUGGAUGCAAGAAGCAGUUGUCCGGACAACGCUUUACCUCCAGGGAUGAGUUUGCGUAUUGCCUGAGCUGCUUCUGCAACCUUUACGCCAAAAAGUGUGCUGGAUGCACAAACCCGAUCAGUGGUCUCGGAGGAACCAAGUACAUCUCGUUUGAAGAGCGGCAGUGGCAUAAUGAUUGCUUUAACUGUAAGAAGUGUUCUCUCUCGUUAGUGGGCCGUGGCUUCCUAACAGAAAGGGAUGACAUCCUUUGCCCUGAAUGUGGAAAGGAUAUUUAAAGCUCAAAAUAAAGAGGCAGGGAAGAGAGGCAGAAAGCCGCGCUUGCAAUUUAUAGCCUGAAACACACAGAUGUUUGGAGCUAGCUUUGCCCUUCCGUGUUUCGCUAUACUAUUAACAUCACUUAACCUUCUUACUCAAACUCUCCAAGUACAGAGGGAAAACAACUUCGGAAUCUCUAGUAGCAGUGAUGGUGUUUAAGAUUUCUGUAGCUAACUAAAACUAAUGCAAAACCUGAGAUAUAAAACCAUUUGGGUGUUACUGACAUACUACACUUUUUUUUUUCCCAUUAAGUAUUCCAGUUUAAGCAUCUGAGUUAAGUUAUGAGCAAGUGAAACAGUCCAGUGAUUACAAUGGCCGCACGCAAUAAAUUCAUAGAUGGGUAUUCAGGGUGAAGCCCCCAGCCUGCUGAAAUUAAUGGCAACCACCACUCAAUUUCAAUAAGGCCGUGGUCUCACCUCAGUGUUCUUGAGCUAUGUGACUAGUGUGUGCUGUCAAGUACGUAGGAAGACUACAGGCGUAGAGGGUGUGUUAAUGUACAAGGAUUUGUGCAAUGUCGUAAAGAGAUAACGAUAAAACAGUUGAAGUGGGAGUGCUUCAUAACAUACACAUUUUAUUGCAUGACUAGCUGAUCAUCGUGUGAAGUACAAGCUCUGAUUGACAGUGCCAGUAUUACAUUUAGUCGACAUUACACCGCACAUUGUAUUUUUCAAAAUAAAGUCAUUUAAAACAAA